GGCAGAAGGAGAUCUCCCAGGAAGGCCGACAGGAUGGCUGGACGACUGCCGAACGGCAGACCGGCAGGCACAUCCGGCGGAUCUAUCAAUCGCCAACGGAGUGCGGGGUCAGUGGCGAUGCAGCCGUACGACCCGAGGUUGUAUGCGCACCUCCCUUCUCACGAGAUUCCUCUGCCGCCGUCGGAUGACGAGGGGGGGGAAGCCAGGUCGCCGACUUUGCCGUUGGGAAGCGGUUCUACGCAGGACUGGGCGGCGACGGAAUCGUGCGGCGGCAGGGGGGUGGAGACGUCGUGGUCUUACACGUCACUUCUGAACGAGGGGCUGUGUGAUGAUGACGGCGAUGCAGCGGUCGAUCUGAGCUUUCAUCUAGCGGAGCAGCCGCAACGCACACUCAGAUCAUCAAUCCCCACUCGGGUGGGGAUUGUGCGGAAAACACGCAAGGCGUUGUCUGAGGUCCACGAGACGGCAAUCUGUCUCAAUCGGUUCGCGACGGUGGAGGUGAUCGUAAUAACUCGUCGCCGAGCGUCGGUGGAGGAUUCGGUGCGCGUCUGGGCAGAAUGCAGGCAGGAGUUGCAUCAAGGUGAAACGGAGAUGAUCACCAGACGGGUGCAACGGCUGCACGUCGACGAAGUGGAAGACGCGGAUGUUGAUGAGGGGCAGGGGUGUGGCGACGUGGACGGCGAGGACGGUUGCAAGUCUGACGAUUUACCAGACGUCAGGCCGCUUGGGAGGAGGGCGACAAGAGGCGGAUCCGGUGCGAAGAAGGGCCCCGCCAUGAAACCGAGAUGGAUGAAGAACAUGGAUGACGAUGGCGAGGGCGGCCGGAAUUUCUGGUCGGUAGGAGACACGGCCGAGCUCGUGAGGGCAAAAAGGAAUCAAGAUCUCUAUAUCGCCGGCCUGGGGACUAGUUUCACCUGCAUGAAAACGGCUGCGUGGAAGUGGGAGGACGUGCGGGUGAGGUUGCAGGCGAUGGGAGUGACGAGGGAUGCCGUCGACUGCGGGAAGCAAUGGGACAACUUGAUGCAACAAUUCAUGAAGGUGCACAAGUUUCAGAACCUCUCCGGCGGGAAGGACUACUUCAGGCUUGCUUCGAGGGAGAGGCGAUCGAAGGGCUUCAGCUUCGUCAUGGACCGGAGCGUGUACGACGAAAUGGAGGCCAUGACGAAGGGGGAUCGCACGAUCCACCCGGCAAAUUUGGCGGACACUGGGGCAGCGGGGGGGGUUCAAAUGCCCGCAGGCGCGAGGGGGGAUGGGGGCAGCAUGGGCGCCGAUGGUGGAGGAGAGACGACAGACGAGGAACAAGAGUCGACGAAAGACUCGUCAUUUAGCGCGGGAAGCGGCGGCGGUUAUGGGAAGAGGAAAAACAUGCGGCAACAAACCUUUGAAGCCGUCGCCGACGUCAUGGAGAAGCACGGUACGCUCAUGAGGCGGGCAGGGGGUCGGCGGCAUGUCCCCAAGCCGAAGAGGCUCUGUUCAGAAGAGCCAUCACCAAGCGCGCCUGUCCGGCGAGGGCGGUAUUGGGCGGCAUCGAACGAAGACGAAGAUGACGACAAGUUCACGACAGAGGAGGAAGUAGCAGAUAACAUCGUGGCGGCACCCCGGGGCAGCUGUCUUCAAGCGAAGAAUGAUCAGGCCGCGUCGAGGAGAUUGCUCACGCCCCCCCCGGAGGGGCAACAAGGUUGUCGGCAAAGCAACACAAUAGCUAAGGAGGUUGUCAUCGACGUCGGCGACAAGGACAAUGAGCCAUUGGAAAGCCGCAGGCAUCGAAAUGCAAUGCAAGGUGCCACGGCGACGGGAGUAAGGAUACACGCCGCGCAUGAAGAAAGGCCACCUCAAGGCGCCAUGCCGUCCACGCCGUCACAGCCGCGACCACGCAACACGGCUGCAGAUGGAGGGUCUACCGAGCGCGGGGGAGGCGAGGUGGCCCAGCAAGAAGCGCGCGUGGCGAGCGCUGGUGCAGGCGAGGGGUCCUCGGGCAAUGUCGCUGUCGUGGCGGGGGCGAGAGAGGAGGUUCCUGUUGUGGAGCGGGAGGUUGCGCGCGGCGAGAAUAAGUGCGAAAGAGAGGACGACGACCCCCUUUUAAGCCGGGAGCGGAGGGGAGGGUUGGCGAGAGAUCUUGCCGACCGCGCCCGCCUGUGGGUCGACAACAAACCGUUCUGGACAACGGCGGAGGGGCGCUGGCUCUAAGACAUCGUCCACCGAACGCGGGAGCACUUCGAGGCCAUCGACAGCGGGGUGCAAGCGCCCGUCG